AUGCCGAAUAGCACAAACGACGCAGGUGUAGAGACUGGUGGAGUCUCAGGUAUCAAACCUGCAAAAAAUCUAACCUCUACGAGUGACAUGCACACCACGUGGAAGCAAUGGAUUCAGCAAUUCGAUUGGUAUGCAACAGCUAUCCAACUGAAUAAGAAAUCAGACGAAAUUCAAGCAGCAACGUUAAUGGCAACUCCAGCUCGAUUGCGCAGAAUAAUUUUCGACGUUAUACAAUACAACCCUAAAGUGGUUUAUAAAAAAGGUCAGGAAAUACCCAUAGCUGACACCCUUAGUCGUGAUUGUAAUCACGACCCCACCGAAACUCUCGAAAAUGAAACGUUAGAAGUGAUGAUCGUCGUGUCAAUGUCUAAGAAAGCCACAGUAGAGCUUACGGAAGCAACAGCCGAGGAUGAAGAACUGCAGCUUUUAAUUAAAUACAUCUUACAAGGCUUCCCUGACGAAAGUGGUAAGCUUCCAGCGGGAGUUAGACACUACUAUAACUUUAGGGAGGAACUAGCUUACCACAACGGCAUCGUAUUUAAAAGCGAUAAAAUUAUAGUACCGCAGAAAUUAAUUUCAAAAAUGCUGAAAGCAAUACACACAGGACAUUUUGGUAUACAAAGUUGUCUCAAAAGAGCAAGACAAGGACUUUAUUGGAAAGGUCAGUACAGUGAUAUUCUAGAAAUGGUUAAAAGCUGUCCGGUCUGUGAAAAAACACAAAGAGCUAAAGAUAAGGAAGAGGUUUUAAUAAGAGAAAUACCCACCCUUCCGUGGCAAAUAGUAGCAUCAGACAUAUUGUAUUUCAAAAAUGAUCCGUAUCUAGUAAUUACAGACAGUUAUUCAAACUACACUGACUUGAAAAAACUUACAAAUCAAACUUCACAAGAAAUAAUAGAGCACCUCAAAAAUUGGUUCUAUGUCCACGGAGUUCCAGAAAUAUUUGAAAACGAUAACGACACAUCAUACGAAAGCAAAGAAUUUGAAGAUUUUGCAACAACCUGGUGUUUUAGUCAUCGCACGUCCAGUCCGCUACAUUCAGGCAACGGAUUAGCAGAACGAGCAGUUCAGUUGGUAAAAAAUAUAUUGCGAAAGUGUAGCCUCGACAAUACAGACUAUCGGCUAGCACUACUCAACUGGAAUAAUACUCCUAGAGAUCCAAUCUUAGGUUCCCCAAACCAAAAACUAUGCAGUAGAAUCACGCGUUCACAAGUUCCAACCUCAAAUCAAAAUCUUCAGCCUAAGACAAUAGAGGGUGUUGCGAAUAGAUUAAAGAUUUUAAGAGAAGAACAAACGUCAUAUGCUAAUAGAAGCACAGUGAAAGCUGAAAACAUAAGCACAUACGAAUGAAAACGGCACACAGAGAUUGAUCAACUGGUAAAAUAGUAAAAAAUCACGAAAAUAAUCCAAGAUCGGUUUUAGUUCAAUUGGAUGACGGCCGCAUAUUCAGGAGGAAUACAUCUUGGGUACGCAAAACAGAUGCUAAACUGCCUAUCCCAGAAAAAGUAAUAGUACCUCACACAACUACGGAAAUGUGCCAAGCCUCACCAACUAAUCGCGAAGCAACAUUCGACCAGCCUCAAGCAACACCAUCUUCUCAGCAAAGGCCAAGAAUCGACUUGGAAACUACAGGAAAAGCUAUCAAUCCGACAGUAACUCUGCCUGUAAAAGCAGCUCAGCCUCCUUUGCAACUCUCCACAAGAUCAGGGAGAAUCGUGAAGCCACCAUUGAGAUUGAACUUGUAAUCGUAAAUAUUACUUAAUAUUAAACCUAGAACUGAAUAGUAAAAUACUGAACUCAAUACUGAAUUUACAAAGAUGAAUUAACUGUAAAACUCAAAUUUAGUUUUCGCCAAUGCAAUCAAAAAUGUUCAUUGUCUCUAUUAUUAAUUUAAUUUAAUUAAUUAAAUUACUGAUUACAUACAUAAAUUAAACACUUAGAUUUUUUAUAAAAAAAGAGGGAUGUAACGUAAAGUCCACUCAUGUGAUGUAUGAGUACGCAGAAAUCAAUAGUAUAGUGUAUGGUGACACUAAUGUAAUUAUCGAUAAUAACUCACAACCACUGAAGUAAAACAGAAUAUAGACAAUAUACCAUUUUCUUGAGCAUAACGUGUGGUCUUUUUAUUAAACCGAUCUUACAUUAGUGCACAGAUUUAGUAAAUUAAAUUUUUGUAAUAAAGCGUGAACUGUUGUCUACAAGUGUGUGUAAAAGUUUUUUGAUUCGAUUCACGCGUUUGGGCACAGCAACCCAAAUCGUUGUACAAAUUCAUAAGCAGUACCCAAAGGAAUGAACUAAUCGCUUUCAACAAAGUUGGUCGCCAGCCAACAUUUAGCAACUCCACUUUUUUUCCGUGCAACCCUGCGUGAGUUGAACGCAAAAGUUGAACGGAAAAUCGCCGCGUGCGAUCACCUUUUAAGUUUGGCAUACCUGUAGCGCCAGCUGUUUGCCAGAUACUUCUGUAUGUGCAUGUAUGUGUGGAAGAAGUGGACCAAACAUAAGUAAAUCGUACAUCUAUGUUAGCAGAGUGUAUAUGUAUGUGGGUACGUGGAUCGAACAUACGUGCAUAGGUAGUGUGAUCAAACAUCUAUGUUGACCAAAUGUGCCUGUAGGCGGUCAUGGAUGUUUGAUCGAACACAGUUGGUCAAACGUUAAUGAUAUGGUACUCAGAGAAAUUUCGGAGUGCUCGGUAAAACGAAAGUUAAGGGAGUGUGGGUGUGUGAUUGUUCCAAACAGCGGUUUUUCUUUUUAGUUUUCUUUAUACAUAUGUAAGAACAUAAGUACAUAACACGGAUCGAGUCAGUUAGCCUGGCAUAAAGGUAUAAAAAGACCCGGUUGGCGACGAACGGGUCAGAUACAAAAGUUACGGUGCUAAUGUGGUGAUGAUCAGUGGUUUUGCAGUGCAAACGUUUUUUGUACUUAUCAAAAAAAUAAAAAAAUAAUAAAAUAAAGGAAAAGUGUGUUAAAGUGUGCACAUUUUAUACAUAAUUCCCAGUUAACGGUGAUAACUGUGUCGUUUUACCGGAUUGGUGCGGUACCGGUGACCGCAGGGCCACAACGUAGUGCUAUCUUUGGAACUGGAGGUCGCCUGCACUUACACAUAUAUGUAUAUGUGAAUAAAAGGACCUCCACUCGCCGGUCACUUGAAAUAGUCACCAUCGACAUCCUGCCACAAAAAUUGUGAGACGUCUGCAUCCGCUGAAUUCACCGCUGUGCAGUUACAUACGCCACAGAUAGUUGCAAACGCGCUAGCACACAUACACACAUACCAACCAUAGAUACAAACAUACAUAUCCACCAGCACAUAACAAGCAUAUACCGAGAUAACCAUCAACAUACAUCUGUACUCGCCGCAAAAGCUUCACUGCACCACGAAGAUGCAUCGGGGAAUAAAUCGCCACCCACACUUGCAUUGAAAUAACCGGCAAAUGGCUAGAAGGUAGAAGUCUUCGACGGAGAACUUACCUAGCACGGCUUAGUCAGUGACAACAACAACGUCAUCACCAGCAGCUGUGCGGAACAUUGCAGUCAGAGGAGGCUAACAGCCACGGGGCAGUAGACGCUAACAGAAGUGAAAUUUUGAGGGAGCAUUACAGCGAGGGAGAAUAUCAUCAGCAGUAACAGCGCAAAGAGGAGCAACGCCAACAGGAGCAGCGCCGCGGGAGCAUAAGUGGCGGGCGCUACGCCUUCGCCGCUGAUCAGCAGCAGCGCCGUUAGCACGGCUACUCUUUUGCAUUGUUUAGUUCUUUGCUUAUGUUUAAAUUGCCUAUUCCUAGUCUCUCUUAAAUUAGCCUUUAGAGUUCGUUUGAUUUUUUUGUUUUUUUGCCAUUUUGCUUCGGCCACAUUCCUUACUUUUAGAUUCCGUUUAGUUAGUUAAUUUUUACAUAUUUACAUACCUAAUUUUUUCUUAUUGUUGCUUAGCUUAGACAUAUCCCGGGUAUUUGUUUUGUAGGGCAAUUCUCGGUAUAGAGUAAUUUGAAUUCAGUACACAGUUUAUUUUUCUGCCACUAUUGGCCAUACAAAAUCCGUUUUUUUUUAUUUUGGUUCACUCAGCCGAUUUUCACUGCAUUCAAUUUUUGAAUUGCUACAAUUUGAGCUGACAUAGGUAUAUAUGUAUGUAUAUUAGUGCACAUACUUUUGUAUGUACAUAUGUAUACAUGCAUAUGUAGCCAUGUGCAGGUGCCCACGUAUAUAGCCAUCUAUUUAGUUUCGCGUUUUUUUUUUAUUUUGGUUUAAAGAAUAACACACAUUAAUUUCACUACCGCUCCGUUUUUCUAUGAAUCCCGAUUAUUUUUGAGUACAGUUUUUUUUUGGUGAUAGCAAUUAAUUACUCGUGCUAAAUAGUCUUGGCGCGUUGUUCUGAGACCCGCUCGAUGCCCCGAACCACGAGCGAGUGACAGAGAUCUCAGUAGGUAGCGACCUCAGCACCUUGGCUGUGGGAGCAAAAUAUGUAUGUAUGAUCGUUUGUAUGAGUAGUAGGUUUGCAAAUUCCCCACAGGUUCUCGACAGCAUGCUGGUACCAUCAUCGCUGGAGACCAAGGUGAGUACAAUUUGAAUUUGUUUGUUUUAUGACCAUAUCUAUGCACACGUACAUAAUCCAUACAUACAUAUAUGUAUAUAUACUAAUACCUAUUACAUUGGCACAUUGCAUUCAUUGUCCCCGCGAUUUUUAUUUUUUUUUUUUUUGUCGUUAUUUGUCUUUGAAGUUAAAGCUGAGUUUCUCCGCGCUAAUUAUUAAUAACAUUGCCAUACUCAUCAAUUCAACGUAGGCAAUAUACAUAUAUACACAUACGUACAUAAGUAGGAGGUAGAGUUCACCAUUAACAAAGUAACAAAUAGCAAGUGAAGUUUAACUAGAGAAAUAGGAGAGAAAUAAUAAAUAGCAUAAGUACACUUGUAAGUAAGAUAUAGCGCAGUAGGAGCUAGUUAGCAUUAGGGUAUACUCUUAAGCACUUAUACAAAAACAAAGAAAGGAAAUAAUAAAGUUGUGAAUUGUAGAGUUAAGAUAGAAAAGAAGAAAUAUGAAGUGAAAUUUUUUGUUUGUUUUGGGAUAGGAAUUCAGCUGAGCAAUGGAGUGCUAGGCACAGGUUUUUGGUGUGGGUGUUGCACUUGUGCAACAGAGGGGAAGAGGGAGUGUGAAGACGCAACGACAACUGAGGUGAAAUGACUGACUGAUUGUUAGACGGACGUGUGUCA